CUAGACUGGGCUAGGUAGAUCCCUGUACAGUAGCAAGCCCGUGACUUUGCACCGGGAGUCCCCGUUGGUUUAUCAAACAUGGCGGUUUUGAUGUUGUUGACUUGACGCUAGCGUCCCGCUUUCCUUGACUUUUUGUAAAUCGGCGCGAUAGUUUCCGAAUUGAGUGGAUUAUAUGACAAGUUCUGUCUAGUGACGAAGUUUGAGAGUUUUUUGUACUAUUUUCUACUUUGUUCAGCUACAAGUGUGGUGUCGGGGCGUGCUUUUUGAUAAGCAUUGACAACCGACCGACAAAAAGCUGUUGUGUGUUUGAAGAUUCGCGUACCAAAGUCAAAGACUAGACAACAUGACCGACACUCGAAGGCGAGUAAAGUUGUACGCGCUGAAUGCGGAAAGACAGUGGGAUGACAGAGGAACUGGUCAUGUCACAUCUUCUUAUGUUGACAGACUAAAAGGAGUUUCACUCCUAGUCAGAGCUGAAGCUGACGGUUCCUUGUUGCUUGAAUCAAAAAUUCAACCAGACACUGCCUAUCAGAAACAACAAGAAACUUUGAUAGUGUGGUCUGAAGGGGACAAUUUUGACUUGGCACUUAGCUUCCAAGAAAAAGCUGGUUGUGAUGAAAUUUGGGAGAAGAUUUGUCAGGUACAAGGCAAAGAUCCGUCGGUGGACAUCACCCAAGAUUUUGUUGAGGAAUCGGAAGAUGAGAGGUUUGAAGACAUGUCUGACACUGCUCCACCAGUGGAAUUGCCGCCCUGUGAACUCAACAAACUAGAAACUAUAAAUGAGUUAAUCGCAAGCUGUUUGUCGUCAGCUGUCAGAAGAGAAAAACUUUCUACAGCUCUUGAAAUGGAAGGCUAUAUUCGGAAAUUGUUGAACCUUUUUCACAUUUGUGAGGAUUUAGAGAAUCUUGAAGGCCUCAAUCACUUGUUUGAAGUUUUUAAGAACAUCUUUCUCCUCAACAAGAAUGCACUGUUUGAAGUGAUGUUUGCUGAAGACACAAUUUUCGAUGUUGUUGGCUGUCUUGAAUACGAUCCCAAUGCCAAAGUUCGAAAGAAACAUCGCGAUUAUUUGAGACAAAUGGCGAAAUUUAAAGAAGUUAUACCAAUCACUAACCCAGAGCUCUUGGCCAAGAUCCAUCAAACAUAUAGAGUACAGUACAUACAGGAUGUGGUUUUGCCAACUCCUUCGGUAUUCGAAGAAAAUAUGUUGUCGACGCUUUCUAGCUUCAUAUUUUUUAACAAGGUUGAAAUUGUCAGUCUCAUACAAGACGAUGAGAAGUUUUUAAACGAAUUGUUCAGUCAUUUGACGGACGAGACCAUGGAGAUCAGCAAGCGUCGAGACUUGGUUCUCUUCCUUAAAGAGUUCUGCACCUUUUCGCAAACGCUACAGCCACAGAGCCGGGAAACCUUUUUCAAAACCCUAGCCAGUCUUGGUAUCCUUCCGGCGCUGGAAAUCACGCUAGGCGUUGACGAUUUAGCCACGAAGUCGGCUUCCAUUGACAUUUUAUCAUACAUCGUUGAAUUCUCACCUUCGAUGGUGCGCGACUACAUGCUGCAGCAGGCCAAUAGUGCUGAAGAUGAACACUUGCUUCUCAACAUCAUUAUUGAGCAAAUGAUGUGUGACUCUGAUCCCGAAUUGGGUGGCGCUGUUCAGCUUAGCGGCAUUCUACGAUUGCUCAUCGACCCAGAAAACAUGCUUGCUUCCAUCAACAAAUCAGAAAAAGCGGACUUUCUUAAUUUUUUCUACAAGCACAGCAUGCACGUGCUAGUAACCCCUCUAUUAUCUAACACAACUGGGGACCGCCCGACUAAAGAGGACUACCCCACCGUCCAGCUACUAGGGCUGAUCCUAGAAUUGCUGUCGUUCUGUGUUGAGCACCACACAUACCACAUCAAAAACUAUAUCCUCAAUCGCGAUCUCCUUCGGCGCAUCCUGGUCCUUAUGAGGUCUAGGCAUACUUUUCUUGUCCUCAGCGCCCUCCGUUUCCUGCGGAAAAUUAUAUCUCUGAAAGAUGAAUUCUACAAUCGCUACAUCGUUAAGAGUAAUCUGCUCUCUCCGGUCGUGGAUGCCUUCUUACGAAAUAACGGACGAUAUAACUUGCUCGAUUCAGCCAUCCUUGAACUAUUUGAAUUCAUCAAGAUGGAAGACAUAAAAUCGUUGUGCGUCUAUGUUGUUGACACCUUCGGUAAAGCGCUAGACAAGGUCGAAUACGUCCAGACCUUCAAAUGCCUAAGGCUGCGAUAUGAUCAACAACAAGACAGAAUAGGUGAAAGAGAGCGAUCAACAUCAGCUCUUGACAGCGUCCCGUCCUUAUUAAGAACCACCCGAUUCCGACGCGAUCCACGUCAACUAGAGGAAGAGGAAGAAAUUUGGUUCAAUUCUGAAGAAGACGAAGGUGAAGAUGGGGCAGACGCCGUAACACCUUCACAUACUUCACCGGUGUCCCAAGUACAGGCAGUCGGUCUUAUAACGUCUCCCACAUCGCCCGUCGCCUUAUCCAAGGCUAACUUGAUAUCACCAAAAGCGAAUCAUGGCGGUGGCUCAAACAGUCCCAUUAUUGGUGCAUCCUCUAAUGGCGGCAGCUCUUCACCUUCGACGUCAUCCCCUACGACAUCUCCUGUUCCCCCGUCAACAGAUGUCCAAUCUCCUUCAACUUUAAAGAAGGCGUUAGUUGAUUACGAUGGUGACUCCGAAGAAGAAGAAGAAACAGGUCCGGUUUCUGGUGAAAUGGAAGGAAUCGAGCCCAAAAAGGACAAUGAUACCAUUCUCCCUGUUGUGUCUCAUGUUGACGGCGAAGAUUACGAUGUGGAAUCACCGAACAAACGCGCCAAACUGACCUGAGCCACUCGUCCAACCCUCAUUUUAAUCCUUUACUAGCUCCACUUCUUUCUCUCUCCCUAUCUCUCUUUCCUCUCCUUGUCCAGCUAGCCCCUAAAGGUUUAUGAUUUUGCGGGCGUUCCCAUUGGGAGUGACGAGGUGGUAGUAUCAGUGCAUUUGGGGGUUACACGGGGAAGAAGAGCAGCAAAGAAGUGGUAAAGAGUACAUCCUCGAGCUCUCUUUAUUAUUUUUUUUCCCCAUUCUUUGUUCGAUGAAGAGAGAAAACAGUGUAGCAUAGUUAUAACAUCGACAGAGGAAAUGUAUCCAAUGUGUUUUCGGACCAAUAUGAACGUGUGCGCAUCGCAUGGGAUGUACAGAAGGCGAGAAUCAAAUGGUUGAAGAGCGAAUGUGGUCAUUUUGUGGUGUUGCUCAGUGAUGUUCUGCUGCCGAAAAAGCUUGCUGCUCUGUACAUUUUUUCCUUUAUUGUUAUUUGAUAGACUAGAUGGUUGCAUCUUGACCGGCGUCUCCCUCCCCCUUCCCCCGCUUGGAUCCCUUUCCCAUUUAGCUUUGCUCGAUGACGCCCGGCACCUGACGACAGCUCCUUCUUUCAACAUUACACCUACUUUCCCUUUCCCCCAUAUAUUAUCUAACAUUGUCAUACAUACACCAUCUUCUACUAUCCCAAAAUACCAAUUGCUGUAUAUUGUAUGUUAAGCCAUACAGUUAUAGCCGCACAACCUUUUUAGGGAAAAUGCUGCUCUUUUUUUCUCCUUUUUUUUUAUUAAGUUGGACUGGAUUUGUUCAUGUGACACUGCUGGAUUGACGAUCAUGCGGACUCUCCUAAUUGUUUCAACAGUUUACUCGUGGUCUCUUCUUGUCCCUCAUCUUCUCUUCCAAGCGUAAUCCUUCAUAAUGUCCCCUUGAUUGUUGUCCUUCAUCUUCCCACCAACCUUCAGUCUUCUUUAUUUUCGUGCAUUUCCCUAAAAAGGCAGGAUUGUGUGCGGUCCUUCCUCCUGAAAAAACUGUACUGUAAUCGCGAUUGUAAGAUGUAAUCGUAUCGCGCGGUUUUUAUAAAGAAACUUCACGGUCUGACUAA